CUGCCAUAGGGCUGCGGAGUCCUGUCACUCAGGGAUUAACCCUGUAUAGUAUUAGUCCCACUGUCCCUGUGCCCCACGAAGUGCCCAGCGGCUCCUGCCCCACCACUUUCCCCCCCAUGCCUGCUGCGCCUGGGUCGGAGCCAUGGCCAUACCUUGUAAGAGCGCCGAGUGGCUGCAGGAGGAGCUGGAGUCCGGCCGAGGGAGCUCCGUGCUGCUGCUGGACUGCCGCCCCCAUGAUCGCUACCAGUCGUCGCACAUCGAGGCGGCCAUCAGCCUGACCAUCCCCGGCCUGAUGCUGCGCAGGUUACGGAAGGGAAACCUCUCCAUCCGCUCCAUUAUCCCCAAUGAUCGGGACAAGGAGCGCUUCGCCGGGCGGUGCAAUGCGGACACGGUGCUGCUGUACGACGAGGCCACGCAGGACUGGCAGGAGAACGGCUCCCCGGGCUCGGUGCUGCCGCUGCUGCUCAACAAACUCAGGGAGGAAGGCUGCAGAGCUUACUAUCUGAAAGGUGGUUAUACUAAAUUUCAGAGGGAAUAUCCUGAACAUUGUGAGACCGGCCUGGAUAAUGUCUGCCCCAAUGAACCUGCACCUGAAAAAGUCCUUGGAUUAGGCAGUUUACGGAUAAACUCUGAAUGUUCUGAUGGAGAAUCUGACAGAGAACCAAGCAGCGCAACUGAAUCGGAAGGAAGCCCAACCCUCACCAGCCAAUCAACAUUCCCUGUGCAAAUCCUUCCUUAUUUAUACCUUGGCUGUGCGAAAGACUCCGCCAACCUUGAUAUUCUGGCCAAAUAUAACAUCAAGUACAUCCUCAACGUGACUCCUAACUUGCCAAACAUGUUUGAACACAAUGGAGAAUUCAAAUACAAGCAGAUCCCCAUCUCAGAUCACUGGAGUCAAAAUCUUUCACAAUUUUUUCCUGAGGCCAUUUCCUUUAUCGAUGAGGCUCGCUCAAAGAACUGUGGAAUUCUGGUUCACUGCCUUGCGGGAAUCAGCCGAUCCGUAACGGUUACGGUCGCUUACCUCAUGCAGAAACUCAACUUGUCUCUAAACGACGCCUACGACUUUGUGAAAAGGAAAAAGUCCAACAUCUCUCCAAACUUCAACUUCAUGGGACAGCUGCUCGAUUUCGAAAGGACUCUGGGGCUGAAAAGUCCUUGCGACAUCCGAUCCCCAACGACUCAGCUGUACUUUACCACUCCAACCAAUCGCAAUCUCUUUCAACUCGAUGGUUUGGAAUUUACAUGAUUUUUGUAACUAGCAGAAAUUCAAAAGGAAUGCGGAAAAACCAUCGGUGGGUUGGAAAAGUAAAUGCCAAGACCCUGUUGGUAUAUCAUCUGCCAAUGAUUAUGUAGUAAGGUGUACAUAAACAGUUCAGUUAAUUGUUUCUCUUCUUGGAAUGGACCCAUUUGCACUUAAUAAUGGUUCUAAAAUAAUCAUUUUUUUUCCAUCCAGAGAAGAAAUCAACACAAAUUUAUAUUCUGACUAUGGAACCUGUUGCAGCAAUUUUAUAACUUUCUAUUUUCCUACAUUUUUGGGGUCUUUUAUCUGUUUCAGGUGUUGAUGGUUGAAAAAGCUUGGACUGAUGCACUUUGUUCGGCUCAGUUCUUGUCUGGGUCUGGUACUUAUAUCACAAAGCAUUAUGAUUGCUCGCCUUGCAGGAAGAGAUCAUUACCUGAGGUGGAGACAAAAUUUUUGUCCCAAAUUUAUGGAUCAGGAGUCAUUGAAGCGUUUUAAGACUUGGACUACUUGGGCCACUAUACUUAAAUAUUCCAAAUAAUUAUGUUUAGUACAAUAAUGUGCAAGUUUUUUUCAUUGGUAUUUCUGUACAGACUAAGAGAAGACCUAGGUAACUGUUCCAUUUAAGGCCCUGUUAAGUUGGCCUUACCCUAAUUAUAUCAGACCACAACCCUUGAUGCCUUUUGCUAGGGGAUUGCAAUGCAAUAGGAAGACAAUGGCACAUGGGGGCAAUUGCAUGGUUUCCAGGUAGGUAGUAAGUGCUUGAAAUUGCUCUGAAUGAUAAUUGCCUGGAUCCUGCCAGUGCACUUAUGGGUCAGGUGGUUAUCAGCAUGGGGCUGGCACUCACACGGGUGGCAAAACACUCACAACUGCCCCAGUGCCGUUGCCUUUUGGAAGCUGUUGGCCAACAACCCUAAGUGGCAAUAACGGCUUAAGCAAGGCAAAAAACUGCAGGCUGAACCAAUAGCACUUUCAUAGAAGCUAAGGAGGGGGCAAAAGCAAAAUAAUUAUCCAUUCAUCUCCUACAAUUUUUGUUAGACAAGCAAAACUAGAGGAUGGGGCUAUAGUAGCCAUUCAGUUUUGCUGGGAUAAGAGUUAAGCCAUGUAAAUAACCUGGUAAUGAGUGUGUAUAUAUGGUCCUGUUGUAUCUUCCAUGAUGGCAUCUUGAUGUCACACAGUCUUGUCACUAUAACCGUGUGCCUAUAUUAUGCUUAUCAAUAUACCGAUAAAUAUGUCACGCACAAAAGUCGCCUUAAAUCCUGAAUGAAAGGGAAUAUACAACACAGCCCCUCCUAGUUUACAAUUCUAAACCUGAUUUAUGUACAAAAAAAGAAUAUUGAUCAAUUUUAGCCUUUGAAUAGAAACAAAAGGAAUAUUUUAACAAUUAAUGCUUUAUGGUGUUGGGCCAACUUUGAUUUCUAGUUAGCAAACCUUGUAUUACCUUCUAAGGGAUUUUAUGAAUCAUUAUUUUCUAUCUGCCUUCCAGCUUUCUGUUCCUCUGCAUAAAUGCCAAAUGUUUUGUAUUGACCAAA